UGCCUUGCUCCGCGCGCGCGCGCUCGGCUCCCGGGACGAUGAGCAGUUACCCGCGCUCCAGGCCGCUGAGCUUCAGCAGCCGCUCCCAGGGCUCGCAGCCCAGCUGGGGCUCCCUGUACCGGGCCGGCUCGGGCUUCCAGCCGGGGCUCCGCAGCAGCCCCAGCCUGGGCCGCCUCGGCCCCACCGCCUACCCCAGCGGCCUGUCCGGCUCCUUCCUGCUCUCCUCGCUGCCCAGCCUGGAGAUCGACCCCGCGCUGCAUCAGCUCCGCAGCGCUGAGAAGGAGCAGAUCAAGGGGCUCAACGACCAGUUCGUCUCCUUCAUCGACAAGGUGCGUCACCUCGAGCAGCAGAACAAAGUGCUGGAGAUGCAGCUGAAGCUGCUGAAGGACAAGGACCAGUACAAGUCCAAUCUGGGGCAGAUCAUGGCGCGCUCCAGCCAGAACCUGAAGCAGCAGAUCGAGACACUGAGCCAGGACAAAGGGAAGCUGGGGGCGGAGCUGAAGCACAUGCAGACGUUGCUGGAGGAGCUGAAGGGCAGGUACGAGGAUGAGAUCAACCGGCGGAACCAGCUGGAGAACGAAUUUGUCCUGACGAAGAAGGAUCUCGACGACCUGUAUCUGCAGAAGGUGGAUAUCGAAUCGAAGCUGGAGAGUAUCACGGACGAAAUCAACUACCUCAAGCAGCUGUAUGACGAGGAGAUACGGGAGCUGCAGUCCCAGAUCCAGAACACGCAGGUGACGGUGGAGAUGGAUAACAGCCGGGAGCUGGAGAUGAAGCAGAUCAUAGACAAGGUGAAGGCUCAGUACCAGGCCAUGGCAGCCAAGAGCCGGGAGGAGGCCGAACAGUGGUACAAGCACAAGUUCGAUGACAUGGUGACCCAGGCCCGGAAGCACAACGACGAGAUGAAAAGCAUCAAGAGCGAGAUCGCGGAGCUGAACCGCUACGCCCAGAGGAUCAAUGCUGACAUCGAGGCCCUGAAGAACCAGCGAGCCAACCUGGAGAGCGCCAUCGCGCUGGCGGAGGAGCAGGGUGAGCAGGCCGUGCGCCGCGCCAAGGACACUGUGCAGGAGCUGGAUGAGGCGCUGAAGGGGGCCAAGCAGGACAUGGCGCGGAAGGUGCGCGAGUACCAGGAGCUGAUGAACAUCAAGCUGGCCCUGGACAUGGAGAUCGCCACCUACCGCAAGCUGCUGGAGGGUGAAGAGAACCGGAUGAUCGGCCAAGGCCCAAACCUGCAUAGCAGCACCAUGGACAAAUGGGCUGGACUCCUGCCUUCCCGAGCGGCUCUCCCCUCCCUGGGCAGGACUGCCACACCGCCCGGGCCCGAGCCAGCCUCCUCGCCCAAGAGGCCGAUCCUGAUCAAGACCGUCGAGACCAAGGAAGGGAAGGUCCUCUCGGAGUCCAGCCACUUCUCGGAAAACUAGCCCAGGCACGAGGCACAGGAGCUGGAUUCAAACCUGUGUAACAUCAUGACUGGCAGGGCCUGUGGCCCAAUUCUGCCCUGGGUUACAAUGAAGUCACUGAAAGCAGAAUUGGGCCAGGAGAUUGUUAGCCCCACGGGGCAGGGACCUCUCCCCAUGACGCAUUGGCAAAGGGUUCUGCACAUCCAUGGUGCCAGGGAACCCACAAAGCUGUUGGUGUUUGCCAGCGGGCACCGCGGGUCUCUGACUAACCCCCCGACCUCGUUAGCAGGCAGUGAGCUGGCAAAACAAGGGUUAAAAGGGUGCUGGUUUGCUGAGCAGCUGGUUCAUUAACCCACUUAAUGUUAGGGUGGUGGAAAGAGCCAGGCGGCUGGGUAGGAAUUGGGACAGGCAGGAAUCUUAGCAAGACUCUGUCCUAAUGAAUCCGACUCAGAAAGGGGACUAGCUCUGAGCUAAUACUGCAGAUCCUAGGACAGGUUGGCUGCUUCCUUUCGAGAUUUUAUCGUGCUGGGGCCAGGAGGGCAAAUUCUGCAGCUGCCAGGACUGGCCAAGCAGCAGCCACUUACCCUUCAACUAAGAAAUAACUCUGGGAGAGGCUGGCUCCUCUGGCACCCAUUGGGGCCUCCCCCUUCCAGAUUAUUGAUGCACUGAAACCUGGCUCAAGGGAUGGGCAAAACUUGCUUGCAGGGGGCCAGACGUGGCGGGGAUGGGCGUGCGAAGAGAAGCUGAGCUGAACAGAGUAACUGAGGUGGCCCAGUAACUAUGAUGCACAUCGCCCUCAGUCCAAGAGGGCAGCUGCUAGAGCAGUGGUUCUCAAGCAGGGGGCUGGGAUCCCCUGGGGGGCCGCAUGCAGGUUUCAGAGGG